GAAAAUCAUGAAGAUAGGAGUUUAAGAUAAUAUAACAUAUCCAUGAGUGUUGAGUAGUGAAAUAAGUAGACAUUAAAGUGAUAGAAGUGUAUCGGAAAUAUUUUUUGGAAAUAUAGCAUUAUCAGAAUGCCACCGAAGGUUCUUCCACUUCUGUUGUGUAUAUUCGCCAGUGUCCACGGCUUUCCUCGACAACGUCGUUGUGUUAAUCAUGACGAUGAAUUGAAAAUAAUAUCUCGCGAGCAAUGGCACGCGCGGCCUCCUGCGGGCGUCACGCCGCUGGCUAGACCGGCACCGCUGGUGAUCAUCCACCACAGCUACUACCCCGGUGCCUGCAACACCACGGAGCAGUGCGCCGACGCCAUGAGACACAUGCAGGACAUGCACCAGAUUGACAACCAAUGGGUGGACAUUGGUUACAACUUCGGUGUGGGCGGCGACGGCUUGGUGUACGAGGGUCGCGGCUGGCACGCGGUGGGCGCGCACGCCGCCGGCUACAACUCGAACAGCAUCGGCAUCGUCCUUAUUGGAAACUGGGUUUAUAGCCUACCGCCAGCCAAUCAGAUGGGUACGGUGCGAAAGCUGAUCCAGACCGGAAUCGAACUCGGGCACAUCAGCCCCGACUAUACCCUCAUCGGUCACCGCCAAGUCUCCGCCACCGAGUGCCCGGGACAGGCGCUCUUUGAUGAGAUACAGACGUGGGACAAAUUCGAGAAGAACUUCAAAUUAUAAUGAGUUUUUGGACUCUCCAUUGAGAACAGAUACUUCUUACAACAGAUAUUUAUUGGCAAUACAAGUUUUCCUGUAC